AUGGCUGCUAUUCAGUCCACAAAGCCAAAGUCGGCUCCCAAGGCCAACACAGCAACCAAGACUAAGACUCAGCUCCACCGCCGCUCGAGAACAGGAUGCUAUACCUGCCGACUAAGACGCAAGAAGUGCGACGAGGGCACUCUCAAAUGCUCUGCCUGCAAACACCUCGGACUAGAAUGCGAGUACAGGAGGCCGUCUUGGUGGAGCAAUAACGAUGCCCGCAAGCAGCGCAAGGACGAGAUCAAGACCAUCAUCAAGCGCAAGAAGCUUUCCGGAAAGUCCACACACACCAUCCAGACCACGGUAACAACCCCGCCAGGCCUCUCGCACUCUCUACCCACAUCGGCCACUCUUUCGGACCCGCUAGAACGGGGCCGAUCGGGGUCCAUCGACUCCCACUUCUCGUCGGCCUUCAACUUCAACAGCCCACCCACAGAGUUUGAUGCCUUUGGCUCUGCACAAGUCCAUCCUGGUUUCAUGUUUGAUGCGCCCUACUACCCUUACCCCUACGCGAUUGAUGUCAAGACGGAAAGGCAAAUGUUCGUCAACGACGUGCCCACCCUCAAGGAGUCGACCAUUUCGACUUUCAACACAAUUCACACCCCUCCGCCCCCAGGCACUGUUCUGCCGUCUGGCGAGUGGGCCGAGCAGGUGGUGAUUGAGCUUGAUGAGACGGAUCAGAGACUCCUGGACCACUUCAUCCAGGCCGUGCUUCCCACAAUCUUCCCCAUCCUUGACAGCAACCAGCAUGGCUCCGUUGGCUCUGAUCUCGUGCUACCCGCGCUCCAGACCAACAGGUCUUAUCUUCAUUGCUGCCUCGGCAUCGCUGCCCAGCACCUCAAGGCGACCUCGGUGACCUCGGAUGAUAUCGAUCAAGAUAUCAUGAGGCAUCGCUAUGCCACCAUCUCUACUCUUUGCGAAGCGCUCAGCCAGGACGAGAACCACCAGGAGAUCCUUGAGGCCACUUUGGGUCUCAUCUUCUUCCAGUCCAUCGUCGGUCGCCUCGAUGACGGGCUUCCCGAUAUUCCCUGGCACCAGCACUUCCAGGCAGCGGUUAGCCUCGUGCAGAAGCUUGACCUGCCCCGCCUGGUAGCGGAUCCUACUCAGGCCAUUUCCCAAACGCCCUUCAACAUGACGCUCACCUCGUGGAUCGACAUCAUCGGUGCCGCGAUGCAGGGCACAGCCCCCAUGUUUGCGCACACGUACCGCGAGAAGCAUCUCUCCGGGAACCCCAGCCUCGGACUUCGCGAGCUCAUGGGCUGUGACGACAAGGUCAUGUAUCUCAUCUCAGAGAUUGCCUGUCUCGAGGCUCUCAAGCGUGACGGCAUGGACGACAUGAUCUUGUGCCAGCACGUGCAUGCCCUUGGGGACCAGAUUGGCUUGACCGAGAUUGGCGAGUGCGGACCCAAGAUCCCCUUCAAUGCCAAUGGCACACUCUCUCCCAAGCAGCUCUCCAAGAACAUGACGGCGGCCUUUAGGCUUGCCGCGCGCAUCUACCUCUGCAGCCUGGUCCCCGGCUUCAACCCUGCCCAGAGCUCCUGCAUGGGGCUUGUGGAUAAACUCACAACCAUCCUCCAGUUUAUCCCAUCGGGUCCUCAUGGGUUCGACCGCAGCCUUGUUUGGGUAUAUCUCAUCGGUGGCUCGGUCAGUCUUCCUGGAAGCAACUUCAGGAUGUUCCUCGAGGAGCGCCUAGCACUUCUCGGAGACGUAGGCAACUUUGGAGCCAUGGGCCGCGUCGCCACUCUUCUCCAGGAGACAUGGAUGCAGACUGAGGCUCAGGCCAAGAUUGGCACUCCCACCUCGGAAGGUGGCGAGACGAUGCCCUACAUUCACUGGCGAGACGUCAUGCAGAUGAAAGGCUGGGACUUCCUCCUCCUGUAA